UUUCUGUUUAUCCAAUAAAGUUUUAAUUGAACCAAGUCCCGUCAGUGACGUCACGUUCAGUUCAACUGUUGCCCGUUGAUAUUUUAACCCUCUGAAGAACCGUGGAAAGAAAUGGCAGCAGGACAAAACGACUGGGGCCAGGACUCGGACGUGGACGGAGACUCAGGGAAGGUCAGCCCGCUGGCCGGCGAGGAAGAGUUCAAGGCGUCCUGCGCCAAAGGGAUGGCUCUGCUCGCCCUGAUGGAGAAGACGGGAUACAACAUGGUGCAGGAGAACGGACAGAGGAAGUACGGAGGACCGCCGCCAGGCUGGAAAGGCCCGGCCCCCCCCCGGGGCUGCGAGGUCUUUGUGGGGAAGAUCCCUAGAGAUCUGUACGAAGACGAGCUGGUCCCGCUCUUUGAGAGAGCCGGCCGGAUCUACGAGUUCAGACUGAUGAUGGAGUUCAGCGGAGAGAACCGCGGCUACGCCUUCGUCAUGUACACCAACAGAGAGGCGGCGCAGAGGGCCAUCCAGAUGUUGGACAACUACGAGAUCCACCCGGGGAAGUUCAUCGGCGUGUGCGUGAGUCUGGACAACUGCCGCCUCUUCAUCGGCUCCAUCCCCAAGGACAAGAGGAAGGAGGAGAUCAUGGAGGAGAUGACCAAGGUGACGGACGGGGUCGUGGACGUGAUCGUGUACCCGAGCUCCACCGACAAGAGCCGGAAUCGAGGCUUUGCCUUCGUGGAGUACGAGUCCCACAAAGGGGCGGCCAUGGCCCGCAGGAAGCUCAUCCCAGGAACCUUCCAGCUGUGGGGUAACUCCAUCCAGGUGGACUGGGCGGAGCCGGAGAAGGACGUGGACGAGGAGGUGAUGCAGCGCGUCAGAGUCCUUUACGUGCGCAACCUGAUGCUGAGCACCGGCGAGGAGACGCUGCGCCAGGAGUUCUCCCGCUUCAAGCCGGGCUGCGUGGAGCGCGUGAAGAAGCUGACCGACUACGCCUUCGUCCACUACCGGUCCCGCGCCGACGCCGUCACGGCGCUCAGCCUCAUGAACGGCGCCCAGAUCGACGGGGCUACCGUGGAGGUGACGCUGGCCAAGCCGGCGGGGGUCAAGGAGGGGGGCACGGCCGGGGGGAGGAGGUACAACACCAACCGAGGGCACCAGGGGGGCAGCGCAGGAGGCGGAGGAGGAAGGAACGGGAUGCUUGUCCUGCACAGGAGCGACGCUGGCAUGAUGGGAGGAGCUGGGAGAACGCUGCCCCUGCCGUCGCGCCUGGGAAGCCCCUUUUACAGCGGAGGAGGACCCGACCCAGUGCGUGUUUCCCCCUGUUUCUCCCGCACGGCGCUGAUACCCCACCGGCCUGCUGGCCCUGAAGAGAGUCAGAUCUACUCGGGCGUCAGCCUGCUCGACUUCUACUGCCGCAGGAACUACUGGACGCUUCCCGAGUACCACCUGUACUCCACGCCGGGCCAGGAGGGGGCGCUGCUGCUGAUCUACAAGGUGGUGAUCCCCUCUACUCAGAGCACCUACAUCCCAGACAAGCUGUGUGUGAUGCUGGACGACGCCAAAGAGCUCGCAGCUCAGACGACGCUGUGGAACCUCGACUCCUCCUUCCUGAGCGCUCCCUCCUGCGACUCCCCCAGCAGCCCCUCCCCUCCCCUCGCCGCCCCCACCUCCUCCACCAGUCCCGGGCUGCUGUCCUGCGGUAGCCGAGCCUUCGCCUCCUGCCUCCCCCCGCCGCCCUCCGCCUUCCCCCUCCCCUCCCUGUCCACGCUGCCGCCCCCGUCCUCCCAACCACAGAGCCGCCUGUACAUCGGCUCCCAGCCUCCUUUCUACUGACGGAGGAACUGUGUCGCCGUGACGACGAGACGGCGGCGGGCGCUCGGCUCCUUCUCUCCUGUCUCCUCUGCCUCCUCACAUUACCCAUGAUGCCGCAGCAGCGGCUCACCUCUCAGGUUAAGGUUGGAGAUGUUUAAGCAAAGAGGGAAGAACAGGAAACAAUGACAGCUUUUAAAGUCAGAUCUGCUCUCCCAGAAGUCACAGCGUGGAGGAAGAGGAGGGUCCCCGUUCUUCUUCUCGUCUUCCUACUUCCUGUCCUUUCUGUUGGAUGUUUCCUCUACUUGUUAAUUUUCCUCUUGGUUUUCUUCUUCAUUUUCUGUUUUUCAUUUCCGUUCCCUUUCCUUCUUCGUUCUUAAAUCUGAGAGGAGGACCAGAGGCCUUGAAGACGGAUUUAACCCCUUUAUCCUUUUGUUGGUGUCCAGUCCCAUUUUCUCUAAUUUGGUCGACCCACUUUAGUAGAAACACGUGAGGAAGAAGAGGGAGAGAACGUCUGCAGGCUUUUCUUUCUCAUUGGUGUUUUUAAUUAAAGCCACAUUCACUGAGAGGAGAGAAGAAGAAAAGAGCCACGAGGAGACACAUUAUAAGGAGACACACUGAGAAAAGAAUGAGAUCCUUUAAACGGCAACAUAACAGGAAGUAAACAACACUAAUGAGUGAAACAAAUACUUCUUUCUAUUUGGCAAAAUAGGAGAUAAAAUGUCUCUUUUCCUGAAGAGGAGCAGAGUCGCCGUCGUCAUCUUCCUCUAUUAUUUUAAUAAUAGAGGAAACGUUCUUAUGGAUUUAUCGAUCGUCGUGUUCACGUCUUUUGGGUUCUUGUUACUUUCCAUGUUUCUGAGUUUCUGAGUUUUUGGGCUGAUUGAUUACAAAGUUCUAAAGUUUAAAAAGUCCUCCAGGUUCUAACAACGGUGCCAAGAAACUGAUCUUUUUCUGUUUUUUAAUGCAGAUUAUUAGUAGUUUACAAAUGAACCCUUUUAGUUCAUAUUCUUCAUUAAUAAACGCAAAGCCAGAAAUACGAAUCAGGAAGCAAAAGAACAAGAACAAAGUAUUUAUUUUAAUGAUACAAUUCUCAAAUGCAUCAAACUUGAUUCCAAAGUGAUUAACUGCUGAUGUGUUGUUGUUGUUGUUGUUGAGAAAUGAAAUGUCUGGUAUAAAAUCACCUUUUUAUUGUUUAAAGCUGUUUGUUGUAAUAGAUUUUCUUCUUGUGUGAAAAAAUACACGUUUAGUUUGUGUCCCAA